CCGUCUUCGCCGCCGCCAACGAAAGUGCAAGUGACCCCAGUCAGUCAGUCAGAAAGCUCCUCGUGUGACACCAACCGGAUCAUUAGAGAAGCCUAAUUAGCACCGUCUUCGUCAUCACCGUCUUCGUCGUCAUCGUCGUGAUCUGAUAACAACAAAAAAUAACUGAAGAAGCCACGACAGUUCCAGUUCGCGGGGACGACGCCGGGAAAAAGCGGUCUUCCAUUUCAACGACGACGGCACAAGUGUAUGUUUCAUGUGUAUGUUUUUUUUUCUCUCGCAUCCGAUGUUGUUUUUCUGUAGAGAAGAAAAAAUGAGAUCCAACUUUGCGCACGAUUAAAGAUAAUGACAAAUGAUUACCGGUUCGUCUACUGGGGUCUCUCUACAGGUUGUCCCUUGCGUAGCUAGUCGUGAGUUUUGCGGGCUAAUUGUCGCGUAGUCUACGCUCUACGCUUACGCUACGCUGUCUUGUGUGAGAAGAAAGUGAAACUGUAGCAGGCAGAAGGUGAUCCUCAAGGCCUUAGGAAGUGCACGCUAGGGUCCCACGGUGUGGUUCAGUGGACAAGUGGGACGGUUGACGUACGUCCAUCGGGGAACUCUGCUCAGACAUAUAAGUGAAGUGAAGUGGUCUACGUACCAAACCGGACUUUGAACGAAACCGAACGUGAUUGCGAUCGUUAUCGAAGAGGAUCACGCGCCUGAUCGAGUCCAGAUUAAAUUAUUAAAAAUUAUCGGACGAACUCGGUUGUGAACGAAGACGAAGAACCUGAAGACUCCUCGCAGAAGUUCGGACUGUGGCCUUUAAGGAAACUCGUAAAAACUCCUCGAUCGAAGGACAACAACUCCGCGCUUCUCCGAGUGCAUCGAAAGUGGAUCGUAGAUUGGAGGUCCUGCCUGAACUGAAGAGCGUCCACGCCAAAACGAUACGUGCAUGUUGUAGUGAUUACGUAGCGUUGCCGUUCGGACUGUUGUUCCUGACCUUUGCGGCAGUGUGAUCUUUUCGUGCGAAAUUCCUUACCGAGCUUGCGCAAAAAAAAAAAAACAACGAGAUCAUACCCGCGCGUGAAGCUCGUUGCUCUCGUUCGACAAUCAGCUCACGUCCCCAUCAGGGCCGAGGCGAAAUAAUGAAAAUAUGCGCAAAAAGUCAGCCACUUUACCGCGGCGGACUCGAGACUGCUGACUGACUCGCACUGACCUUUCCCGUGGAUCUUCUGGACCAGCCAAACCCGGCGCAGCACGCUGACGCUGAUCGUUCCAUCUCGUCCGUCGAGUGGAUGUGUACCGACAUAUGUUUGUGUUAUAAAUAAUCUCAAGUGCUCGUCCAGCCUCCAAAAAGGAGAGAUAUCUUCCUGCGCGUGUGAUAUUUCUCAACGAGCCUCCUCUCGUGGACUCCUCCCUGUCUUCCGUCUUCGUCGCUGACUUUUAAGACCUCAACCACCAACCGAGAAGCGCUCGCUUAAACAUUUACACUUAGUGACACUUUGUAUGUGCUUCACAGCAGCGCUGAAACAAUUGCGUCCUUCUAUUCGUCGUCGUCGUCGUCGUCGUCGCUGUGACAUUAAGAUUGAACCAUCAUCCAAGUAAAGUGAAGUGAAGUUCCCGAAUCCAGCACAAAAAAAAAAACCCCGUGUGUGUGGGAUUCAACCCGUAUGUGACAGAAGAUUCCACCGGAGCUAGAAACAACAGAGUGAUUCUUUUUCGACGGCGUGAAGAGCCCUGUGGUCGUCGCGUGUGCGUGUUUCUUUUUUGAAAAGUCGCACUUUGAAGAGUGGAGGACCGGAGACCGGAGACCGACGAAAACUCCCGUCGGAAGACUGCAGAAGACCACAGUACUAUAUUGAGCCGUGUGCCGUAAAGGAGAGUGAAGUGGAUCAACUGGCGUGGAUUGUGGAUCGAAGUUAGAAGCAACAACGAGACUUUGUUUCUUUUUUUGAAGAUAUCAUCAUCUCAUCGUCGCCAAACCAAGUCGUCGUUCUUCAUCGUUGCCAAAAAUAAACCACCGAAUUCGGCUCGACCCCUCCGGUCGAAUCCUUGAACAAAAUCAAUCAACUUCACCGAGAAAAAUAGACCAUCAAACGAGAAACACGAGACAACCACCGAAGAGUUGAACGAAAGAAAAAAAAAUGGAUCAAGUCUAAUCAUCAAGACAACGAACGUAACAUUCGGACAUCGCGGACUUGUUUCAGCACUGCUCUCGGAUCGCCGCCACCGCCGCCACCAAAUCGGGAAAAAGGACGGCGCUUUUCUUCUGAACCGGGGAAUGCCAAGUGAGUUCGGGUGCUAAGAGGAAAAAGAUGCGAGAAAAAGAUCACUCCCCAAGAAAGAUGCUCCCCAGUCCCAAGCAAGCGGCGGUCUACCCGUUACUCGGCCUAGGGUCGACAAUCUCGGCUCAGCUGCCGUUCGACUUCUCCACCAGCAACCGAUCCUCGUCAUCAAAUCUACUACACCAACAACAAAGUCUGCUCGAUCAACCUCUAGAUUUACGAGUGGAACGUAAAAAGUCAUCUAAUAGUAGUAGUUCAACGUCGGAUGAAGAUGAAUCUCCUCGGACGCCGGCAGAGGACGUUGGUAAAACCAGCAGUAUGACACCCUUCCAAGACAACAAUAACAACAACAAUCUAAGCAAUAACAAUACCGAUAGCAGCAACAAAAGCCCCAGCCCCAUCCACCUUAAUAACAACAACAAUAACAGCAUCAAAUAUACCAACAACAACCACAUCAACGUGAAGGAUGAGUUCCGAAUAUCUAACCUAGCGAAUCACAGUCCUCCGAUCUUUCCUCCUCCGGGUAUCAACCCUCUCAUGCUAGAGGCGAUCGCUAAAGCGGGACUGCCCCUACCAGGCUACCGGAACUCAUUCCUCCCCGCUCGAUCACCCGUUUCGUUCGAUCUCCAACGGUUAUCCCAGCUGAGGCAAUCAAGCAACGGCAACGGCCUAGCCAACAACAAUAACAACAACAACGCCAACAGCAUCAACCACAAUCUACCGCCAGGUGCCGCCGCUACCAAGAACAAGGAUCGCUACUCGUGCAAGUUCUGCGGCAAGGUGUUCCCUCGAUCGGCGAAUCUGACGCGUCACCUCCGGACGCACACCGGCGAACAGCCCUACAAGUGCAAAUACUGCGAACGUUCCUUCAGCAUAUCGAGCAACCUGCAGCGCCACGUGCGGAACAUCCACAACAAGGAGCGUCCCUUCAAGUGCGCCCUCUGUGAACGCUGCUUCGGUCAACAAACGAACCUCGAUCGUCACCUCAAGAAGCACGAAGCCGAUGCCGCCGGUCUGGGACUCGGGUUGGACGAACGCCUCCGAGCGGCCCGACGAAACUCCCGGGGAAUCCCGGAGGACUCCUACUUCGAAGAGAUCCGCUCCUUCAUGGGUAAGGUGACGCAGCUGCCGAUCCCACUAAGGAUGCAGCACCACCAGGCAGCCGCGACGGCAGCGGCAGCCGCAGCCCAGCAUCCCCAGCUACACCACCAAUCAUCUCUGGCUCAGCAGGUACAACAGCAGCAGCAGCAGGCUCAUCAACAACAGCACCACCAGCUAGACGCAAGUUCGUCCCGUAGUUCAACGCCCUCGGAUCCGGCAUCACCCGCGGGAAGUUCCCACAGCGCCCAUCUGGAAAUCAAGAUGGAAACGAACGACGAAGACGAGGAGGACGCGGAGCAGGUGCAGGUUACCUGACCGGAAGAUCGCGGUGCUUAGAUUGAGCGGGGGGUUUCACGGGGGUCGGGUGCUCGAUGGAUGAAGUUGGAUUGAGGUUCUCGAUACGUAUGAUGACUGUAUAGUUGGAAGAGGGUGCUAGGUGGGAUGAAAACUAUUGUUCAGGAAUAAUUUGAAGUUGUUGAAAAGUCAGUUGUUAUGAUUCAACGAUCCUUGAAGUGAUGUCAUCAGUUGACAAACAUUUUGCGUUGCUACUAGUUUUGGAAAUCUUUGCUUUCACAAUCUCAAGAAUUUAUCAGGAUAUUUCGCUGAGCGUGAAUCUAUGUUUCUUCAAAAUAAAUUGUUUUGGGUUGAACCAAUCCGUUGUCUAGAGUUCUAGCAGAAAUUUUGUAACGACAACCUCGAAAGAGUCUUGCAUGAGAAUCCUCCAGAACGAUUGCAAAGAAGUCGCAUGCUUGAUCAUUUUAUGUAUUUUCAAGAGAUUCUCAUAAGCCCUUCAUAGAAAUUUAUCCUAUGUUCACAGCAAUGUGGAAUAAAGCUCACUCAUAGUUCAUAAUUCCAACCUAUUAAUCAAAAUUGUGCUUCCAGAGCUUUUCCAGAAGGACGUCAAGAAAUGUGAAAAUUUCCUUGAAGGUUCUCCAACAAUACAGUCCUCAUUCCAAGCGCAGAAUUCGAGCCACCUCAUCGGCACUCACCCGACCGAAAACGCAAUGUUACAAUGUACAAUGAAUCAAUUCCUGUUAGCACUCAGUAAGGUUAGAUACACAUUUCUCUCUAUCCACACUGAUCACACAAAUAGAAGCAAAAACACAACGAAUCCUUAGGAAACGUAUUGACAUCACCAGAACGAAACUCGUACUUGUAGAUUACCAGCUUAGGCCUCGUAAGAAGCGCACACACUAUACUACGCCCUAGCCCUUAGUGCCUAGGAUUUGUGUAAUCACUUCCCCAAUUUGUUUCUAAUGUAAAAUAGACUUAAAAUCAUACACCUUAUUAGUCCUGUUAAGAGUUCUUAGUUAUUUCCAAGUGAAAACAAAUGUCACCGAUGUGUCCUCAUCUCCCAGUGUAGCGUAAACCUCCUCAAAGAUGGUGAAAAAUGUCCGGACUCCGGAGGAAAAACUGAAAAAGGGGAAAAUACUACCGAGCGAGAGGAACCACAAAAUACUCGUUUUGCCAUAUGAUCUUUGUUUGUAGCCUGUAGGUUUGAGUUUAUUGCGAAAAGUUUAUCUUAAUCCGACAGUAAGUCGUUCAAAUGUUAGACGUCAAUUUUAGCAGAAAAACAAACUGUGCGAAAGAAAAUCUGUAUUGGGUCGGGCAGUAGCCCGGCCAAGAAGAAAUGUUCAACCAAAGCCAAAUAAGCGAUAUUCGUAAUAAAUUUAUUGAAACACAAAAGAGAGGAAAAGUGCGCAAAGCCGAAAGCAUCACGAUUUACGUGUAAAGGUUUGAUUUGUUUCUAAAACGAAGAUGAACGUUAAAAGUCUACUUGUUGAAGUUUAUAUUGAUUGGUUAGUUGGAUUAGACUCGAUUGAAUAGUUUGUCCCUUGUUAACUCACGUUUUAUGUUUUAGUUUAAUUCGAUUGUUACUCAACCUAGUUUGUAAGGCAGUCCGUGUUAGUUGAAAUAGAAUAGAUUCCGAAGAACCGGAACAGGCUACCUAGAAGCUCAUCCAACCGGGAUUGUGAUCUGCAUGUUCCGGUAAGAAGUGAAUUUUUUAAAAGUAUUGUUUUAUCUUACCUUAGUCUAUCGAGAGAUCGCAAACAGCUACAAAACUCACAAGAAGUGUUCCUUAUAGAAACAAAAGAGCUACGUUUUCAUAAAUGAGCACCGAUUACAAGCAAAAAGAUUAGUUACCAUUUAGAAUGAAAAGCAAGACACUAACUUAGAGAGUAUUAUUUUCCUUUACAAACAAAAACCCAAGCUGAAGCACCUAAUUUAAAGAGAGAGAAAAUUAAAAAAACACUAUAGGUGAAUUACCAUUUGCAGCAUGCAAAAAAAAAUCAAUUCUUAUAAGCCCUAACUCAUUCGAAGAUUAAAAAAUUCUGCACCAUCGCUUCUAAGUUCGUCUCCAUUCCAAGAAUCCAACCACAAUUGUUCAAUAUUUGUUAUAAUCAAGUUUUAGCAAAAAAAAAACAAUAAUAGAAAACAAACCGUCCUUAGUCCUUCUAUAGUAUAGACUAGUAGUCGCGAUGUGUAAAUAUUUACACCUAGCCUAUUGUUACAGUCGCAAUGCGAAUUACGUUGCGCGCGGUUUUGCCAGUGCGGCAAGACGCGCGUACCUUUGUAAUGAGAAUAAAGUGAUUAAUUUGAAAAAUGUAA